AUGGAACUCCCCGAGGGCCAGGACGAUUCACGGAACGUGACGGGCGUGUGCUGCUGUUGGAGACGCUGCACCAACCAUUCGAAACCCUGGUGGGCUAUCGGUGGUUUGGUGGCCAUCUUUGCGACGGCCGGCUUUUUCGGUUUCGGACUGCCGGCCAUCAUCGAUGCCGUGGCGCUGGCCGAGCUCCGGAUCAAGGCCGGCACCAGUGCGUACGACCGCUUCUUGGACGACCAGGUGCAGCGCUUUCUCGACAUUUACGUGUUCAACUGGACCAACACCGAUGAGCUGCGCAAUCCGGAGGUGCGGCCACACUUUGAGGAGCUGGGACCGUACGUGUUCUCCGAGAGCCGCCAUCGGGCCAACGUGUCAUUCGAUAACGACGACGAUGGUGCCUCGGUUACGUACACUCAGAAGCGCGUUUGGCACCACAUUCCGGAGCUGUCGGGUGGCGACUAUUACAACGAUCUCGUGACGACGCUGAACCCGGUGCUAUCGACCAUCGGUAACUUGAUGGAAGGUGAGCCGCUACAAUCGGUCUUGGAUAACUUGAUCAUGGUUAACUCCUUGGGAGAGCUGCUGUACCAGAACGUGCCGGUACACCAGCUGCUGUUCGAUGGGUAUCCGGAGGUCCUGUUGUCGCUGAAAGACCUGCUGAUGAUUAUACCUCCAGGGUCCCUGCCGGAUUUCAAUUGGCCCCCAUCGAAUCGUUUCGGGUGGUUUGGGGAGCGCAAUGAUAGUUUCACCUUCGACGGUACCUUCCAGAUGGGCACGGGAGCGGAUGACCGUCGGUAUACGGGUAUCUUGCGCCAGUGGAACGACCAGGAACGGGUUCCUCACUAUCGCGGACUGUGUGGGGAGGUGCGAGGAUCGGCUGGAGAAGUGUGGCCUCCGUUGGGACGCGUCUUGGGUUUGGAUAGCAUACGUCCUGUCGCUCUCUUUCUACCGGAAGUCUGCAGUGCGAUCACGUUGCGUCCCAGUUCCCGCUACACACUCAACGGUCUGGAUGGGGAGCUUUGGGUGGCGGAUGAUAGUAACUUCGACAACGGGCACACGAUCAUGGGAACGGAGUGUCAGUGUACGGCUGCCGAUCUGGACCAGUGUCCCGUUUAUGCUCCCGGUGUACGGGAUGUGUCCGCGUGUCGAUUCGGCAUCCCAUUGGUGAGCUAUCCGCAUUUCUAUCUGGCCGAUCCGAGGUACGCGGGCGCUGUGAGUGGACUGACACCGGAUCGAACACUGCACGAGUACCGCUUGGCGUUACAUCCCUUCACGGGCAUCCCGAUGGCGGUCAGUGGCCGUCUUCAGUACAAUAUGCAUCUCCGUGACAACGGCUUCACGCUAUUCCAAGGGGUGCCAGAUGUCGUUAUUCCUGCGUUCUGGGUGGAAGAGCGGAUGGUGCUGUCGGAAGAUAUGGUCAGUAAGCUGAAGCUCAUGGAUACCCUUCGGCAGUGGUCCGUCUACGUAGCCUACGGGAUCUGUGGCCUCGGAGGCAUUCUCUAUGCAUUAACGCUAUACGCUGUCAUUUUCGUAUGGAAAGAUUAG